CCUCAAUCUAUUACUUUCCUUUUUACUUGCUUAAUACACUCUUUUGCAGCGAACACUCACAUAAUGCUUUGGGCUAUUACACUCCUUCUUACUCUAGCUUCUUGCUUUGCAUCCUCCCAGCCCUUGGUGCAAGAACGACGUCGGCUAUGUGUUGGCUCGCUUUGUUUGGGCAAAUCCAAGCCCCCUGCCUCUACUACCGAAAACUUCAGCAUUGGAAAUCUCAAAGGCCUUAUCGAACGAUACGAUUAUGAAGGCGAUGGAUUCCCUACCCUCCAACAGGUUCCCUUGAUCCUUUGGGACGGAUCGACUACCGAGCGCCGACUGAACUACCGCAUCUGGAAAGUGGACGGCCUUGCAGAUAUCAUGGUCGAUGCUACCGUAGACACCAAGGGUAGAUUCUCCGUCUUCCUUGAGGUCCAGAUUACUGGUAAAGAUAAUCUCUAUGGCAACUUUACCGGAGCGGCUACAUUGCGGGUAGCGCGCAUUGAUCCUAAGACACAUAAAUGGGUGAAUAAAUGGGUGAAUCACGAGGAGGGCUUGGCUCGUGGAAGUGGGAACAAUCCCUAUCCCAGGAGGACCGUCUUCAACAUAGAGAUGCCCACAAAAGUGGACCCUACGUUGAUUGAGUACACCUUUAAUGGAGAGUGGAGUAAGAGCUCUCUACACAUACUGGUAUCUUUGAUAUUAUCACUAACUAUACUCUAGG